CACUCGGCCGCCGCGCCGGCACUGACGCCCGCUCGGCCCGGUCCUGCCCGGCCGGCCGGCCCCUCCCAGCCCGCUCCUCCCGCGGGGCGCAGCGCCCCAGGGCGAAUUCGGAAAGAAACCCAGCCUGCCUGCGAGAGGGAGGGCGCCGCGAGCAUGCGGAGGCGGAGGCGCCUGGGCGCGCGCGGCCGCGGGGCGCAGUGAGCCCGGCCCCGGAGGGCGUGCGAGGGCGGCGGCGGCUCUCCGGGGCGCCCGCGGGUCUCGAGCCCACCCUUCCCGGGCUCCGGCGCGCUGCGGCUGUGGGCGCGGGUGCAGGGAAGAGGCGGCUGCGCUGGAGGAGGCGGCGGCUGCCCCAUGGAGUGUUACUACAUUGUCAUCAGCUCCACGCAUCUCAGCAACGGACACUUUCGCAACAUCAAGGGAGUUUUCCGGGGCCCUCUCAGCAAGAACGGGAACAAAACUCUGGACUACGCUGAGAAGGAGAACACCAUAGCGAAAGCCCUGGAAGAUCUGAAGGCCAAUUUUUACUGUGAACUCUGUGACAAGCAGUACUAUAAGCACCAGGAGUUUGACAAUCACAUUAAUUCAUAUGACCAUGCUCACAAGCAGAGGCUCAAAGAACUGAAACAAAGGGAAUUUGCUCGAAAUGUAGCAUCUAAAUCCAGGAAAGAUGAAAGAAAACAGGAAAAGGCUCUCCAACGCCUGCACAAGCUGGCCGAGCUAAGAAAGGAAACUGUAUGUGCUCCUGGAAGUGGCCCCAUGUUCAAGUCAACAACUGUUACUGUGCGAGAAAAUUGUAAUGAAAUUUCCCGAAGAGUUGUUGUGGAUUCAGUUAAUAACCAGGAAGAUUUCAAAUAUACUCUGAUUCACAGUGAAGAGAGUGCUAAAGAUGUUACCACUGUUACUACAGACCCAGAAAGCGCAGGUAAUUAUACAGCAAAAAAUAACCAACGUGGAGAUCAAGCCCAGGGACUUCACAGACACAAAAUUGGCUUUUCUUUUGCAUUUCCAAAGAAAGCAUCCGUGAAGCUGGAGUCCUCAGCUGCAGCCUUCUCUGAAUACAAUGAUGAUGCCUCUGUGGAAAAAGGAUUUAGCAGAAAAAGUAGAUUUGUCCCCGGUGCUUGUCAUCUUCAACUAUCUUCACCAACAGAUGUGCUUUUGGGUUCUGAGGAGAAAGCUAACUCUUUUCAUAUACCAGAGGGAAUGUGUACUGACAAAGAAACUGCUCAAACUCAAGAGAUGAAAGAAGUUUCUAGUGAACAAGAUGCAUUAUUAUUACCUUCAUUUUACCAGUUUCAGCUUCCUUUAUCUUCUGAUGUAGACAGUUGCCAAAAUUCAGUCCCAUUGGCAGACCAAAUAUUACAGGAAGAUGUUAUUAUUAAUGAAGACAUAUCUAUGAGUGAUAAUAGUUCUGAGUUGUUAGGAAAUAAAUCCACAGUUCUUGACAUGGCUAAUGAUUGCAUAUCUUUGCAAGCUACAACUGAGGAAAAUGUUAAGGACAAUGAUGUAUCCGUAAUUGAAGUUGAAAAUAAAAAUCAUGGCCCUGAGAUGUUGGCCCCUUCUAAUUCUGAAGAAGAUAACACAACCUUACAUAAAAAAACAGAUCCAUAUAAAAGACCAAGUGAGCCAUUUGUACCAGUACUUAACAAAGACAGAUCCACAGUUCUCCAGUGGCCGUCAGAAAUGCUGACUUACACAACUACUCAACCAUCAAUCUCCUAUAGCUGUAAUCCUCUCUGUUUUGACUUCAAGUCCACUAAAUUAAACAACAAUCUAGAUAAAAAUAAACUGCCCUUAAAUGAUCUUUAUUCCCAGCAGAAUGGAGAAGACAUUUGCAAGAGACCAGUCUUAGAUUGCAAGGACACAUCUACUGCAGGACUCACUGAUUAUGAAAUUGGAGGUAGCAGAAAUGAAUACACCCAAGUCACUCCUCUUUUAGCUGAUGAUAAUACUCUCUCCAAUACUUGUGAUUCUGGAAAAAAUGAGAAUACAGAUCAGAGGUAUAAAAAUAUUUCCUGUAGGAUCAGAAAAACAAAAAAAUAUAAUCUUACUAAAAAUCAAAUAAAACAGGAUACUGUAGAUGAGAAAUACAACAAAAUGAGGUUAAAAGAUACUCAUGAACACUGGUUCCAUAAAAGUAGAAGAAAGAAAAAAAGAAGGAGGUUAUGUCAACAUCAUGGUGGGGAGAAAACCAAAGAAUCAGAAACUCACUUCAAAAUGGAAAUGGAAAAUAGUUACACUGAUACAACUAGGAAAAAUCUACUGGAAACAAUUACUGAAAAGGAGUAUUUAGCUGCAGAGCAAUUAUUGGACUCAUAUCAACUCCCUGAUAAAAGGGCCAAAUCAGCAUCUAUAAACUUAAGUGCAAAUGAAGAAAUAUGUAAAACCUGGAGCAGUGAAUACAAUAAUGAUGAUGCUGUCAGUUCUAAAACCCACUGUAAAAAGAACUCAAUUGUUUUAAAUGGAAAAUCCAAUCCAACAAUGAUACAUCCUGGGAAACACAAUUUGACAUAUUCCAGAACUUACUGUAAUUGGAAAGCCAAAAUGUCCAGCUGUAGUCAGGAUCACAGAUGCCUGGUUCUCCCAAAUGACAUGAAAUGCCUGAGUCAGAAUCAGGCUGUUAAAAGAGGUUAUAAUUCUCUUAUUAAUGAAUCAGAAAGAUCCCAUCGAAAACGUAGACAACAUUCACAUUCUUAUUCUUCAGAUGAAAGUUUAAAUCGACAGAAUUAUUUACCAGAAGAAUUUUUGAGGCCACCACGUGCUUCUGCUCCCUGUAAGCCUAAAAGGAAAAGGAGGAGAAAAAGAAGCAGAUUCCACACCGGAUUUGAAGCUUUGGAACUGAAAGAGAAUACAGAUUAUCCCAUGAAAGGCAAUUCUUCCUUACAUUACCAGGGUGAGUUAAUAAGUGAAGAUAAAAAAGAAGAAAUUAAACCACAAGAAAUUGCAAAUGUCGAAAGAAACUUGGAACAAACAGACCAAGUAGAAAAUAAACUGCACCCUAGCAGUCCCCUUCCUUCUGAAAUCAGUGGAGAAACUGAGCCCUUAGUGAUGGAUACCACUCCUGGUGAAUUGCCAGAGAUUUCCAACGAGCCCACGACAUCUGUCUAUGUAGCCAGUGCCCCAACAAAAGAAGAAAUUAAUAAUACCUUGCUUAAACACAAAGAAAGAAGUGAGAAUAGAGAUGUUAAUGAAAAGCAAAUUCCUUUCAAGGUGCCUAAUAUUGAAAGAAACUCUAGACAGUCCCGACCUAAAUCAUACCUUUGCCAUUAUGAACUGGCCGAAGUCCCUCCACAAGGAAAGAUGAAUGAGGCAUCAACUGAGUGGCUGCGUUUUAAUUCAGGAAUCCUUAACGCACAACCACCACUACCAUUCAAAGAAGCACAUGUCAGUGGUCAGACCUUUGUAACAACAGAGCAAAUCCUGGCUCCAUUAGCUUUACCAGAACAAGCAUUAUUGAUCCCGAUAGAAAACCAUGACAAAUUCAAAAAUCUACCAUGUGAGGUCUACCAGCACAUCAUCCCCGCGAACAUGCUGGCCAACAAGGUCAAAUUUACUUUUCCUCCAGCUGCCCUCCCGCCCCCUAGCACACCUCUGCAGCCUCUGCCUUUGCAGCAGCCCUUAUGUUCUACCUCUGUAACCACUAUCCACCACACUGUUUUGCAGCAGCAUGCGGCAGCUGCUGCAGCCGCAGCGGCAGCGGCAGCCGCAGGAACGUUUAAAGUGCUUCAACCACACCAACAGUUUCUUUCCCAAGUCCCAGCUCUCACCAGAACAUCGUUACCUCAGAUCUCAGUAGGACCAGUGGGACCAAGGCUUUGUCCUGGGAACCAGCCAACUUUUGUUGCUCCUCCUCAGAUGCCAGUCAUCCCAGCUUCAGUCCUUCAUCCUGGCCAUCUGGCUUUCCCGCCUCUCCCCCAUGCACUUUUCCCUUCUCUGCUUUCCCCACACCCUACUGUCAUCCCACUGCAGCCCCUCUUCUGACCAUCACCUUCAAAAGGAAAGAAAACAUUCAUCUGAAAACUAUUGCUAUAUGCAUAUAUGCUCAUCUAAGUGGAUAAUUGCCUAUUUAAAUGAUGGAAAUAAACUAGCCAAAAUAGGGCCUCACUGGUAUGAAAUCAUUUACUGUAAGUGUAAUGAUGCAAAUAAAUUCUUAAGUUUCUGAUAUAUAAUAUUAUUAAGGCACUGAAUAGUUUGAAAAUCAAUACAAUAUAUGCUGUAUAUUAAACUGAUGUCUUAAGAGUAUGUAUAAUGUACAUAAAAUAUAUUUAUAGUAUUAUAAUUUCUGUUGUAAAGUAUGCUUUGGUUUUUUUAAUCUUUGUGUAUUUGCACCUAUUUAAUGUUUAGACAAAGCUGAUGGCACUAUGUUUUGUACCAUGUUCCUUGAAACUGUAAAUUCAGUGAAAAAUAUCUCUUGCAAUAAAUUUUUGUUAAAUAUUUAUGUAAAUCAAACUUUUGUUUUUAGUUGGUUUUCACUGUUUUAGGAAUGUAUAGUAACAAUAAGAUUUGGAUUUGCGGCAUAUUUUUUCUUCUAUCCAUUGGCAUCUCUGAACCUCAGAGGCCCAGCGAAAUAUCUUUGGAGCUCUAUCAAUACUUAAAUUAUGGUAUCUUCUUUCAGAAUAAGUAUAGCAGGUCCAUUUGUUUUUCUGUUCGUUUUAAUGUUGUUUGUAUUCAGAGUUUACUAUUUUUCCUGAACAAUUGGUUCUCUAGACAAUAAACAAUGGAAAUUCAUGUUAAAGUAAUGGUAGUAUUUGGUGGGGAAAUAACUCAAAAAUAUGCAAAGUACAUAGUAUUCUUCCAGGAACUGUAAAACAGUACUAGUAGACAAGAAAUAGCAAAUAACCAAUAUAAGUUCUUAUGACAUUUUUGUGUGUUAAAAUUCUCAAAUUUAUGAUGUUUGUUUUCAAUUUCUGAAGGAAAUACACAUAUAUAUGAAUGUUGGCAUGGAUUAAAGAAUAGGUUUAAUUAAUAAAAUCCAUCAUAUUACAUCUUGGGAAAAAUGACAUAAACAUAAUCUGUAUCUGGAUAUGCUCUUAAUUGAGAAUCUGGAAGUGGGAAGGAGAAUAAAUAAAUAGCUCUUCCUUCUGCAAAUCUUUCUAAUAGUCAUGUUUGUAUCAUAUUUCUAAAUCACCCAGGUACAGUUAGAAAGUCUUCAUCACCCUUCCAGAUUCUGCUGUAUUUUUAAUGACCUCUACAAUAUUUUCACUCAAGUGCUUCUGCGUGUACUGAAGAAUAUAGCUAUGCAGUAGAAAGCUAGGGAGCAUCACACUUUUCCAAUGAGAGUUUUCCAAUAUGUGCCUGCCCCAGUCCAUGCCAGUUGGUAAGAGAAAGUCUACAUGUCUGAUAAUAGAAGUUUCACCUCCCCAAGUGUGAAUGAUAAAGGAUUAUGGCAGCCUGGCACUAAUCCUGGCAUCGAGGAGCCAGCCAAGUUCUUCUAAAGGGAGAACAGCAUUUAGGUGAUGCUGUACUAAGGAAAUGCUAUUUCAUAUAUCCACCCAUAGGAACUGAGUUACCCUAAAUAAUACUGAGCAUAAACAUAUGUUUCCAUAUCAAAAUAAUCUAUAUUGAAUUCUAUUUUAAUUAGAUUAUGAUUAAUUAGAUUUAUGAUUGAUGAUAAGAAGAUAAAAAAUAUAAAAGAAGCAAUUUCAUUUCAAAUUCUCUAAGAUAACAUGUUUUCCAAAAAUGGGUACUAAAAUUGGAACACAUGAUUUUUCCUCAAGCAAAAUACUUGAAACUAUCUUUGAAGACACAUAGAUGGAUAUAUCUACUGGGGAAUGCUGACCCAGUUUGUGUUUAAUCUGUCAGAGCAGGAUUAUUGCUUCUGCUGUUUAAAAUCAAACCAAAUGUUUGACUUUAAAAUAUCCAGAUUUUCCUUCUUCUUUGGUCAUCUUCAGAGUAUCAUUCCUCUCGUUCACCUCUUACCUCUUGUUCUUAUUCUUUCAUUCCUUUGCCCCUGAUAUUUUCCUUCUUAAUUUCAUUGUAGACAUCAAUUGUGCGAAGUGCGUCUCCUCCUCUUCUUUCUCUAUGUUAUCAUUUCUUUUCUUUUUUUCAAUUCUAUUGCUCUCUUACAUUUAUUUUUGUUGAAUGAUUUGGUUAGGCACACUUACCUUUUUAGUUGUAACAGAAUACACCUGAUUGCUAGAUAUAUGCUAGAAGUUUCUGGAAAAUUUGAGGGGGGAAAUUCUCAAUUAAGACUAAUCGAAACUCAACUUUUAAUUGAUUUGUUUUGGUAGAUACCAGUGGCUGGAAAAGAAAUGAAUGUUAGUUAAACACAUCAAAGCCAUUCUGAUUAUACAAUUCAUCUAGAUAUUUGAUAUCUUUGAUAAGAUAUUGCCUACAUAGUCUGGGUAUCCAUUAUAUGUUGGAGACAUAAAAUGAAUGUGUGAUGAGACAUUUGUUCAUCUGUUCUGAUAGAUGAUAAUACCGUGAUAAUACCAACCCAGAAUCAAGGGAAAGAGGUUGAUGGGCUAAAGAUCAACAAUGAGCAGAGCAAUUAGACAGGUAAGUCAGGGUAGACCCAUCAGGCAGUGGGGCUGUCAGAGGAACACCAAUCAAGCUCAUAUUAAUGGCAGCAAGAGUCAGACCAAUGUAACAGUCAUUCUCUGGAAGUAUGUUUGGGCACUGGCUGAUGGCUCAUCCGUAAAUCCUAGAGCUGAAAUCCCAGUCCUAUCCAGGUGUAAAUUAUUGUACAUCCUAUAUAAUUGGGAAAUUUAAAUGAUCCUAACAUUAUCUCUUACCUAUCAUCCUUAGUCUGCUAGUUACAGGCAUUUCUAUAGCAUUUGUUAUUGUAAAGAUGAAUGAAUUGGAAUAUAGAAUAAAACCUGCACAUGGAAAGUAACAAGUAACCGCAACCAAGCAACAAAAGGAUUCACAUUGGAUGAUAGGAAGGAAACUCAUCCACAGCUUCAACUAGCAUGCAACACCCCCUCCACCACCACCACCAUAUAUACAUAUACGUAUUUCCAAGUUCUUUUAUGAGUUGAAGACCUAUACCAAACCGUCCUCAGGGCAUAUCUGCCAAGUAUUUUGAACUCAAAACUCAAACUCAUGAUCUUUCUUUAUAGGUAACACUGAAAUCUGUUCUUUGUCCUGUGUUUCUAAGCUCUGUGAAUGUCAUUAUAUAUUAAAAAAAAAUCCUAUUAUCCAAGUCAGAAGCCAGCAUAUUAUUCCCACAUCAAACCAAUCAAUGAAUGAUUUUGGCUCUAUUUACUUAAUUUUUCCUGCCUGUACAUUCUAUAAGGUUUUAGCCAUAGUAGUCCAUAAGCUGACUUGCUGACUUGCUAUUAUAAACUAAUGUCUCUUUCCCUAAUUUCCCAUUUCUACAAUUCAUCCUCCCCGCUGCUGCCGCAGAUACAUUUUAAAUGUAAUUUUAUUAUGACACUCCUCUAGUUUAAAAGCUAUUAUGGAUUCUCAAUUAUUCUCAAGAUAGACAUCAAAGUCCUCAGCAUGUUAGGAAAAUCUAUGAUGACUUAGGGCCAGCCUCCCUCCUCAGGACAAUCCACUCCAGCAAUCCCCUGGGUUAACCAUUCUAAUCUACUUAGUUAUGAUCACCUUUGAGUUUGUGUGAUCAUGUCUGUUGUCCUGUAAUGCCUUCCUCCCUGUGUUUUUGUUGGCUUGGAUAACUACUACUGAGUCACAAUUCAAAUUGAGUGUCAGUCUCUUUUAGUGAUUUUUUUCAGAGGUUCCCUCUUUCCCCAGAUAAGUUAGCUUGGUGUCCUCUAUCCUUACAU